UUUCUGGCCAAGGGGGGGAGCAGCUCAGAGCCCAGCCAGGAGGGUCCCCCCCCCAAAUAAAGCCUUUACUCCGGGUGUGCGCAAUGCACAGAUCUGCUUCGGAGAGAGGAAGAAGAGGGGUGAGCUUGGUGCCCUCGGCUUGCCAAGGGUUAAACGGAGCCGAGCUGGAUUACUAGAGAGGAGAGGAAAUAAAGGCGCGGGGGGGGGGCAGGUCCUUCGGAGCAAAAGCACCUCCUUGCAAAGCCCGUCCCUGCAAAGGGAGGCUGGUGCUUUUUGUCUGCGGUGCAAGCGCUGCCUCCGUGGCGCAUUCCGGGAUCUGGAGAAAGCUCAGAGUCUGGGAUGUGGAGUCCAGCCUGUUUCCUAGCAAGACUCCUCCAUUCUUCUUCAGGGAACUUUUAUUCUUCAGACCUGUGUAUGAAUUUUAUUAUAGUACAAUGUAUUUCCUUUUGUAGAAUUUGCUAGCAGCUCUACUUAGGACAGACAGAACUUGGCAGAAGACCAAAGGAUUCCUUCCAAUCUCUUGAGGGAUUCCUGAAAGCACAGAUGGAUGAGCAAGACUCAGCCGGCCCUGAAGCAGGAAGAGGCCAUAUCAUCCAAACUGGGAGCAGUGGGGGAUGCUGGGAAAGCUCUGUGCAGAAGAUCCUGGGUGAGGAGGACACCCUCCACUCAGAUGUGCAGAGCCAGCAGUUCAGGCAGUUGUGCCACCAGGAGGCUGAAGGACCCCGAGAGUUUUGUGGUCGAUUCUCCCACUUUGACCAUCAGUGGCUGAAGCCAGAAAGGCACACGAAAGCUCAGAUGCUGGACCUGGUGAUCUUGGAGCAGUUCCUGGCCGUCCUUCCACCAGAGAUGGAGAGCUGGGUGAGGGAAUGUGGAGCAGAGACCAGUUCCCAGGCGGUGGCCCUGGCCGAAGGAUUCCUCCUGAGUCAGGCAGAGGAGAGGAAGCAGGCAGAGCAGCAGGGAAAGGAUCCGUUUGCAGAAAUGGCCUUAGAUUCUUCUGAGGUAGAGAGGACUCCGUUGGACACCAGAGAGAGGCCUCUGGCUUAAAUACGAAAUGGCUACAAACAGCCCCAUGCAUGCAGCAGGUGAGGCUUUUUCUAUGGCCAAGCUGUAGUUAGAGAUGCCCUGCUUCACUCAUGGCUUCCUACUUGCCUC